AUGCAGCCUCUUCGCAUCCUCUCUUCUGUGGUUCUCAGCCUCACACUAGUAACAGCUUCUCCUGUUCCUGACUCUGCCGUUCAAAUCUCCGACAACGCACAAAUGCUUGGACGAAACAGGUGUCUCUACUCCGGCAAUCAAAUCAAGACAUGCUCCGGUGACGGAGCGGGAGUGUGUUGCACUGGUGACUUGAAGUGUCCAAGUGGUGGAGGUUGCGCUGCCGCUGGUGUCUGCUACUACAACUGUUAA